UCCUCCACCUCUGCGGUGAUCUCUUCACUGAUCUUCUAUGGAAUCAUUGGUUCCAUCAUCUACUUUGCGUUCUCCAUGCUGAGACCGAAAGAGCGCCGUGUCUAUGAGCCGAAGACCAUGGAGUUGGCGAAGACCAACAGGGAACAGGUGCCACCGAGUGUCCCUGGCGGCCCUGUCCAGUGGGCGCUGUUUUUGUUCAGACAGCCGCGUUCGUUCUUGCUCCAAUACGCUGGUGUUGAUGCGUAUCUGUUUUCACGUUACGUGGGCAUGUUUGCCGGUGUUUCGUUGCUCGGUUGCUUCAUUCUGUUGCCAAUUCUGCUGCCUGUGAAUGCCACUGGCGGCCAGGACUUGCCAGGAUUCGACCUGCUGGCGUUUGCCAACGUGACAAACAACAAGAGAUACUAUGCUCAUGUGUUUUUGUCCUGGCUCUACUUUGGCUUGGUUAUGUUUGUUAUUUACAAGGAGUUGAUCUUUUACAUCUCCUUGAGACACUCGAUCCAGACCUCCCCGUUGUACGACGGUUUGCUCUCUUCCAGAACUUUGCUUUUGAGUGACAUUAGCGAGAAAUAUACUGAUGAGGACUCCAUUAGAACUUUCUUCCCUACAGCUCAGAGAAUCUGGUACGCCAGAAACUUCAAGGAGUUGGAGAAGCUGACCGAGGAGCGUUCCAAGUUGGCUGGUAAGUACGAAGGUGCCUUGAACAAGAUCAUCUCUAAGGGACUAAAGUUGAAGAAGAAACUCGUCAAGAAGGGCGAGGCCUUGCCUCAAGAGCCUCAAGGCUACAUCAAGAAGGAUCCAACUCAUAGAUUGGGUAAAAUUCCAUUCAUUGGUAAGAAAGUUGUCACUGUGGAUUACUGUAUUGACCGCAUUGAUGAGCUGAACAAGGAAAUUGGGGAAGCUCAAAAGACUCCAGAAACAGCUAAGUUGAUGUCGUCUGUGUUUAUUGAAUUCCCAAAUCAGUUGGAGGCCCAAAAGGCAUAUCAGGCGGUUCCAUAUACCAAGGACUUCAAAUUGCGGGCCUUGGGUUGUGCACCAGAUGAUAUUCUUUGGCCAAACUUGUCUCAGAAGACCAAGGAGCGUGCUUCAAGAACAACGGCUGCUAACUCCUUCCUCAGUGCCAUGAUUAUCUUCUGGGCUAUCCCUGUUGCCGUUGUCGGUUGUAUUUCCAAUAUUCCUUUCUUGACUGAUAAGAUCCAUUUCUUGAGAUUUAUCAACAACUGUCCUAGUGUAAUCCUCGGUUUGAUUACUGGUAUUUUACCAACUGUUGCCUUGGCCAUCUUGAUGUCUUUUGUUCCAGUGAUUAUCAAGAAGGCUGGUAAAAUGUCGGGAAUGAUUACCGAACAACAAGUUGAACUGUACUGUCAAUCUUGGUACUUUGGAUUCCAAAUCGUCCAAGUCUUCUUGGUUGUUACAUUGGCUUCCUCAGCUUCGUCAACGGUCACUGCCAUCAUUGACGAUCCAGGCAGUGCAAUGACCUUGUUGGCCCAAAACUUACCAAAGGCAUCCAACUUCUACAUUGCUUACUUUUUGCUUCAAGGUUUGAUGACACCAGCAAUGUCCUUGUUACAAAUUGGUCCAUUAAUCUUGUCAAAGGCUUUGAAAUUCUUACAAAACACUCCAAGAAAGAAAUGGGAAAAGUACAACACUUUGUCAAUGCCUUCAUGGGGUGUGGUUUACCCUCCUCUACAGUUGUUGGUCUGUAUCUUCAUCAUUUACUCUAUUAUUUCUCCUUUGAUUUUGUUGUUCUCCACCUUCACGUUUGGUAUGCUGUAUUUGGGUUACCUCUAUCUCAUCGUCUAUGUUUAUGGUCAACCACAAAUUGACAUGAGAGGUCGUAACUAUCCAAAGGCUCUGUUCCAAACAUUUGUCGGGCUUUACCUUGCAGAGAUUUGCUUGUUGGGUCUGUUUAUCAUGGCCAAGACUUGGGGUCCAGUCGUGCUGGAGGCCAUUGUUUUAGGUGUUACAGUUUGUGUGCAUCUGUUCUUGAGAUGGAAGUUCGAACCUCUCUUGGAUACAGUUCCAAUCUCCGCUAUUAAAGAGGCCAGAGGUGAAGGUGCUCUCUACCCACAAAAGGACCUCGGUUUGGCUGAGAUUAAGGAGACUGGUAAGAACUUUAUCGAUCAUCAUGAUGCUAAUGCAUUCUCUGACAGCAAUGGUCAAAAGGAAGAGAUUGAACCAGCUGUUGCGACUGCAAACGGUGAUUCUGCAUCUUCCAGAAAUGAAACCGUUGUUGCUGGUGCAGGUGUUACGACUCGUCAAGAAACUGCAGCUUCAGCAGAGGCUGCUUUGCAGGAUGAUAUCAACCAUGCUAACUUCAAUACCUUGGAGGAGCAGGCGAAGACAAAUCCAAAGCAAGUUUUGAAACGUUUCUUCAACCCUAAAGAUGGCUAUAACUUUGCCCUGAUCCGCUCUCAACUGCCUCAUUACUUCAAUUUGACCACAACAUAUUCUUCUUCUUACUUGGAUGGUGCUUACAACCAUCCAGCCAUCACCGAUGAAGAACCACACAUUUGGAUUCCAAAGGAUCCACUGGGUAUCUCUGAGUAUGAAAUCUCUAAGGCCGACGAUAAGGUUGACGUUAAAGAUAUCAACACUGAAUAUAACGAAAAGGAUGCUUAUGAAGUCACAGGUCCUCCACCUGCCUAUGAAGAAGUUAUCAAG